AACGAAAGGGUGACUAGCUAGCCAGCCAGCCAGCUAGCCAACGAACCAUCGAGUAACCAGGGAAGCCAGGAGGGCCAGGAGGAGUUUAUAACUUGUACGCCGGUGAACCUGGUGAAUGCUACCAGCCAAAGAGGAACGUCGGCGUUUCGCGCCAGUUAAUAGUUGAUCCCCCUACAAGCAUCGCGGAGUUGACCGCAUUGCAGUACAUUCGCGGUUUUAAAUUAAAAAAAAAUCACCCACCUGCUGCCAGUUUUUCUUUCCUUUUUGUUUUUCUCUCUCUUUGUUUUUUCCACUUUUUUCUCACCCCCGGACACUUUCAUUUUUUACACAUCAUUUUAUCCUAGUGUGAUGUACAAUUUCGUGACCUUCGUAUGAAGUAAAAUCACCCUGCCGCGUGCGAAGGGAGUUUGGAUUUUGGAUUUAAAUGUUAAUACUGAUAUUAAGUUCAACUGGAAAUGGGACCUGUAGAGACUUACCGUUUCCUCAUGGAUGAGAUAUCCGAUCCGAGGGUGAGGAAUUGGUUUUUAAUGGGCAGUCCUCUUCCGAUAAUUACAAUAGUGGCGGCAUAUUUAGGAUUCGUAUUAAAUUUUGGUCCACGUUUAAUGGAACGUCGUAAGCCUUAUUCACUUCACAGUUUUAUGAUAUGCUACAACAUAUUCGUGGCGAUAUCGAGUGGAAUUAUAUUUUACGGUAUUCUCACGUCCGGAUUCACCACCAACAUUUCACUCGGCUGCGAACCUGUCGAUUUUUCCUACAGUCCCGAACCCCUGAACAUGGCGAGAUGGGUUUGGUGGCUGCUUCUCUUAAAAAUAGUUGAAUUGGGUGACACGGUAGUAUUCGUAUUGCGGAAAAAGUAUAGUCAGGCGUCGUUUCUACACGUUUAUCACCACGUCGCAACGGUAGCAUUAUCAUGGAUCGCUUGCAAAUACGUCCCAGGUGGUAUGUGGACGUUUGUAAUGUUGCCCAACUGUCUUGUACACGUUAUAAUGUACACUUAUUAUUUAUUAGCGUGUAUGGGUCCCACAACUCAAAAACUAGUAGCACCCUACAAAUCGUACCUAACGUUGCUUCAAUUGAUCCAAUUCGUGAUCAUGGUGGUUCACACAGCUCAAACAUUGAUGCCAUCCUGCGAGCCGAAUCGCAAACCGCUAGCAUUUAUAUGGAUGUUCAACGUCGUAGUUAUUUUCUACAUGUUUUGGGACUUUUAUAAAAAAUCAUACUGCAAGAAAAGCCAGUGAAAAAUGAACAAUAUAGUAUAUCAGUAUAGUACAUCGCAACGAAAAUUUUUAAUUAAGGUGCAUUCGUUAUGCGGCUCGAAAUGUCGGUUGCGACUAUCUUGUCUCGUAACGAUCAUCUCGCGGACGAACUAGUGAAAGAGAACGAAAAAACAUAGACAGAGAAAUCAAUAGAAUCGGUAGAGAUUACGUCGAUGAAAUUCGCGAGCGUAGUGCAUCUACGAAAGAACUAAGAGGAAUCGAUCAACACUACUUGUAAUUCAUUAAUGAAGUAUAAAAUCUAUAUUGUAGGGUGAAGACCACUUCCUAAAUUAUUAAUAUCAUUACCGCUAUUAUUAUUAUCAUACUAUUAUAGUAACGAACGAAUAAUAGGAAACGAAAUUGAAUAAAGAUAAGUGAACGUAUAAA